ACCGUUUCGAUCAUCAUAUAUACAUAUUAUCAUUAUAAGCCUUUGUUUGACCUUAGCUUCUAAACUUUCCGUUGAUGGAUUGACUAAGCAACUAAAAAAGCAGAUCACGAAACCUCCUCUUUAAUUAAAUUUCAAUGCAUAUCAAAAGAAGAAGAAAAGAGUAAAACGAUCCCAAAGAUAAAAAAGGUACCUCAGGUUCAAUCAAGGUUGUCCAGUUGUCCUGGCUGGUUCACUCGCUCGCACACAUCACAUCACACAUCACAACUCCAUCCAUCUACCACCCAAAUUCCGACGGACCCUGCUCCACCCACCAACCACUCAAACGGAAUAGCUCUCCGUACUUCGUACCCCAUCGACCAAGACACACCAGACAAAUUUAUCCCCCAACUACAACUUUAUUAUAAGUUGUCUUCCGAUCCUUUUCACCACAUACAUCUCAACUUUUCAAUAUUUCACUCAUAAAUUUUAUAGAAAGAGACAUCAAAUAUCAAAUAUUAUGAUGUCUCCUUUUAAUAUCUUUUGCUAGCUAGGUUCGUUCCUCGCGGUCGACUCGACUGUUUUUCCCCUCCACGAUUCCAACGAUUGCGAAAGACACGACAACGCUCCUAAUUAUCACAAACGAAAAGACGCGUACAACUUCAAUGAUUUGAUUUCAGAGUCCAAGGGCCAGCAUACAACAGUCCAUGUUCACGCAAAGGAUCGAUUCUUAGGAAUCUCAAUUUAAAACAACAGACGAGAUGGAGGGAGAUCAGAAAAUGUUAGCACCACCCGCUGUGUCGCAUCUGCGCGCAGAGGCCGGUAUGAUGGAAAGAUCGCUCAGUGCGGAUAUCCGAGAAGAGAGAGAAGAUCUUAGACAAGCGGCAGAAGAAACUCUUAAUGUCAUUAUGGAUCUCAGCAUGGAGGGCACAAUAAAUUGGGUCAGUCCUUCAUGGACUGAUGUGAUCGGCACCACACUGGAUUCCGUUCAAGGUAAACCAAUCGCCGAUAUUCUGAUUGGGGAUAACGACAAGAGGGUAUUUGCAGAUACGGUCGAGGAGAUGAAGAAGGAUGAUUCUCGCAGCUUCAUUAUACGCUUCACCAUUCAGUUGGGACCAGCUUCCAGAUUGUUACCACUGGAAAAUUUGGAUGAUGUCAAAGAAGGUGAGGGAGAAGGUGCAGCAGCAAUGUCACAACCGGAACCUGCUACGAUUGAUUUGGAGGCGCAAGGUAUUUUGGUGCACGAUCGAGCUUCGGCAUCGGAUAGCCAUGUAAGUUUUAUGAUCUUUGUCGAGAGUACCCAACUAACAUUAUGCAGACAAUGUGGAUGAUUAGACCUUGGAUAGCGCCACGUGAAAUUCAAAUCGACCUCGCCCCCGUUAUAGUCGAUUCCCUGGGAUCAGGAGCACAAAUUUUGGCAAGUUAUCUGACUACAGUUGCUGAGCAAGGUCUCGAAGAUCCAGCAAAUAAUGCCCCGCCAUUACCACUUCUUUGUAGAAUCUGCGAACGUCAAAUUCCUCCUUGGUGGUUUGAAAAACAUACCGAGUUGUGUCUUCAAGAACAUAAAGCUGAGAUGGAAGUACAAAUGUGUCAGGAUAAUUUGACGGAACAUCGACAUGCUAUUGUUAGAGUUUUGGAUGCGUUAGAAGCUCGUCAAGCUCGAUCUAGUUCGGGUGAACAAUCUAUGAUGCCGACGCCACCUCAGGCUGAAUACAAAGGAUUACCGAUUGGAGCCAACUCAACCACGUCUUCCGGUACAGCAUCUCCUGGAACACCUACGUCUGGUCGAUCUCGAUCAAGAUCUACAUCAGGAUUUGGUCAUGCCAGAGGACGAUCAUUCGCUCAAAGGCGGCCUCAUGCUCGAAUUGUCGAACUUUUACUGGAUCUUUGUGACACAGCCAUGGAAAUUAAUACGCCUGCGAUCAAGGAACCAUCUCCGCAAGCUCCUGGAGAGUUUCGCACACAAUCUCCUCAAUCGGAAUCUCGCAUAGCUCAAGUAUUGCAAUGGCAAUCACCUAAUAUGAAUGCGGUUGACCAAGAAGGUUUAUCUUUACUAUGUGCAGAUAGUGAAGCUGUUGCUCGUGCAAAAGUUGAGGCCGUUAUUCGUCAUCGAAGAAUCAUCGAAUACUCGGAACGCAUUCGUAUCGAAUUUUCGGCUAUUGUACAAGAUUGUAUUGAUGAGGCUAUCAACAAAGCUUCUCGACUUGCUGCUGGUCAACUCAGUGAUUCAACCGAAGAACCUGAAGAAACCACUGCAGCUCAAGAUGAGGGAUUUUUCGCUGGUUCUUUUGAUGGACCCUCCUCAUCGCUUGCUGCAGCACUUCGAGCUGCUGAAUUGGGUGCGGGCACGACACAUGAAGGUCGCCGACUAUCAUAUGCAGCUAUUUCCUCUACCAGAUCCAGUAGUCCUAAAGAAUGCCCAACCCCUCGGUCACACCAAGGUGCUUUAAGUAGCAUACUAGGAAAUACCCGGGAAGCAAGAAGGGAAUCUAUCUUUUUCGAAAGUGAUACUGGUGCGGAUAGUGAUGGUAGCGUCAGAUCAUCAUCAGUCAUGGGGCGUCCGCCAAGAACGGAAUCACCAGUUUCAGAAUUCGGAGAUCUUCGUCGACAUGCAAGUUCCCGGCAACAAAAUAGGCGAAGCAUGGUUCUCGGCACCGGUACCCUUUCACCUCGAAGACAAGAGUCUCCUGUUCGGAUGCCACCUCCAUCUUCCCCAUUGAGAAUUUCCAAACCACGCAUCUUGCCGAUCGCUCACGAAGGGAUUGUUUCUCCAACUGCAUCGCCGAUGCUUCCCGGAAGCGAGUUCAGCUCACCUGCGUUAAUUCCGUCACACCACCGACGUCAAUCCUCGGCUGCUGGAUCAGAUCCACGUCCACCACCAUCACCUCGAUUAAACUGUGUCAAUGCCCCACAGGCACGUGCUGUACCACCAUCGAUCAAAGAUUUCGAGAUCAUUAAACCUAUCAGUAAGGGAGCCUUUGGGAGUGUUUAUCUAUCGAAGAAAAAGUCUACCGGUGACUACUAUGCCAUCAAAGUACUCAAAAAAGCUGACAUGGUUGCCAAGAACCAAGUCACAAAUGUCAAGGCCGAACGUGCUAUCAUGAUGUGGCAAGGUGAGAGUGAUUUUGUCGCUAAGCUCUAUUGGACAUUUUCUAGCAAGGACUAUCUUUAUCUUGUCAUGGAAUAUCUUAAUGGUGGUGAUUGUGCAUCCCUCAUCAAAGUUCUUGGUGGUCUUCCGGAAGAUUGGGCCAAGAAAUACCUCGGUGAGGUGAUCCUUGGUGUGGAACAUCUUCACAACCGUGGUAUUGUACAUCGUGAUUUAAAACCCGACAACCUUCUCAUUGAUCAAAAGGGUCAUCUUAAAUUAACCGAUUUUGGUCUGUCUAGAAUGGGUUUGAUUGGUCGCCAGAAGCGUGUAUUAAAUAGCGCAGCAAAUGAGUCGGCUCCAGAUCUACUCAAGCAAGGCCCUUUUGCUCGAGCUACCUCGAUGAGUUCUUCUCGUGCUUCGUCAUUCGAUUUUCAAGGGCAUCAUUCACCUGGUUCGACACCACAAAUGACACCUGAUGUUGGAGGUAGUUUAGGAACACCGUCGUACUUUAAUUUGAGUCGAGAGAACACUGUCAAUAAGGACGCACGACGAAAGUCUGGCCAUAGGAGUGACAGCGGCGGUAGUGAUGCGCUGACACAUAUCUUCAGCACUUUCUCUUUGAACGAAUCUCAAAAUCAGCAACCCCUCAAUCAACGAAGAACGCCUAUCGAAGAAUUGAGCGAAAAUGAGGCUGCUGGAUCACCAGAUCUAUGCCUCCAACCAGUCACAAGUCACAGCUCAGAUGCCAGGCACGGUACACCACCGCAAACAAGCACAGGUAUGAUGCCACCUCCAAUGGCUCUUUUUGAUCCUGAUGAUAGCAAUCGUCGAUUCGUUGGUACACCUGAUUAUCUUGCUCCCGAAACUGUGAAUGGUCUUGGGCAAGAUGAAGUGAGCGAUUGGUGGUCUGUGGGAUGUAUUAUGUUUGAGUUUAUCUAUGGUUACCCACCUUUUCAUGCUGGCACGCCAGAUGAAGUAUUCGAAAAUAUUUUGGCUCGACGAAUCUCAUGGCCGGAUGAAGGGGAUUAUGAUGUCUCGGGUGAAGCUAAAGAUUUAAUGAAUAAGCUUUUAUGCGUAGAUCCACAAGAACGCCUUGGAGCUAAUAAAGAAGAAAAGUUUGCUACUGGAGGAGAUGAGAUUCGAAAUCACCCUUGGUUUGAAGGCAUCCAAUGGGAUAAACUUCUUGAAGACGAUGCACAAUUUGUCCCCGCACCAGAGAAUCCCGAGGAUACUGAGUAUUUUGAUUCUAGAGGGGCCACUUUGCAAUCUUUCGCAGAAGAGAUGGAAGAUCAAGCCUCUACUCAACACCCCACUCCCGGUGCCGAAUAUCCUGAACGCCCUCAUGAUGCUCUGUCUCGAGUUCGAAGUCAAGUCAACAACGUCAAACGAGGUUUGAUGCCGCUGCAUAUUCCACCUCACGUUCGAGAUAUGAAGAGCAGGCGACUCAGCGAACCUGUUGUAGCAGAUGAUUUUGGAAACUUUACCUUCAAAAAUUUACCUGUUUUAGAAAAGGCAAACAAAGACGUUAUUCAGAAGUUAAGACAGGAAGCCAUGGCAUCUCAAAGUAAGCCAGUAGUCAGUCCUGGCGGUGCUAAUAGCGUAGUUACGUCCCCAGCUGCUUUAGAAGGAAGUUCGGCCUUGCCAAUGUCAAUGCCUAUCCAAAGAACUCUGUCGAAUGCUAAAGCUACAGCUCGACCUUCUUCUCCUUCUGGAUUGAGUCAAGCAAAUUCUUCUCCAAGUAGGGCUUCUCAACCUUCAUCACCUUUGCUUGUCUCAUUCAUCGCAGGGCAAAAUAAUGACGCUAGACGUAAAACUUCGAGCAAUUCCUCGAGCCUAUCACAGCAGUCGAGCAACAAUCUUGCACCACCUGCUAGUUUUAUUGAUGGACCAAGAACAUCUCCUGGUCUCCAUAAGACUACUAAUUCUGCCGCUUCGUCACCUAUCAAGGCACGUGGAUCAGCACCUCCACCACUUUCAUUAUCUUCACCAGGAAAAGCGCCACCUGCGACCCCACGACAAGGUAGCAGUAAUUCAUCAUCUUCAAGAGCCCGCUCACAAACAGUUGGAUCACAAGAAGGAAGUCCUCUACCUGGUGAAUUCUUAUCCCAUCGUAAACGACGAAGCCAGGUGUUUGACAUGUCGCCUUCUUCCUCGGACAAUGAAGGAGAGAAGGCCAACGCAUUACUUCGUGUUCAACGUCGUCGUCAAAGCUCAAGGCGGAUGUCUCAAAUCACUUUGGCAGAGGGCCCUGCUUUUAGACCUUUGGAUGUGCUGAUCUGUGAAGAUCAUCCAGUGUCUCGAAUGGUUAUGGAGAAAUUGUUGGAAAAACUGCGGUGCCGUACAGUUACUGUAUCAAAUGGUGCCGACGCAAUGAGAUAUGCUAUUAGUGAUAUCAAAUUCGAUAUCAUUAUGAUGGAAUUCAAAUUGCCUCAAAUCAAUGGUGCAGAUGUAGCUCGUAUGAUUCGCGAGACCAAGAACGCCAACUCUCAAACCCCUAUAGUUGCCAUUACUGGGUAUUUGAAAGAACUUCAGGCACCCCAUCAAUUCGACGCUUUAAUUGAAAAGCCACCGACAGCUUCGAAGCUUACUGAAGUCCUUUGUAGAUUAUGUCAAUGGAAAGAACCUAUAUCUAUUUUGAACUUUUCACCGGCAUAUCCUCCACCAUCUGGUCUACGUCAAGAGAGUAUACGUCUAGAAGACAGUCCAACUUCUGCUUCAUCUGGUUAUGCACAUAUGCCAGCUGGUAGCUUUAGAGGAUCAAGUCGUGAAGAUUCUAUCAGCUCAAGUCUUUUUGGAGAUACUGAGACCUUUCCAACUGACGAUCUUCCUGUUGUCAUUAAUAGAAGACCUACCGGUGAUUGGGAUGAGACUGGUCUUGGGAUUUGUAAUGAGGUUCACAUGAUGGAGGUCAAUGAUUUACCUAAACUACCACCGCCCAGCCUUCCUCAUAAUAGCUCCUCUCCACCUCGAAUAGAACACCGCCGAAACCUCUCUCGUCAACGAUCAUCUGAGAAGAUGAAGUCGAAGCGAGAAAGUUUGGAGAAACAUCGUCAUGAAUGUGGUGAAUCUGGUGAUGAUGAAGAUGAAGUUUUAGGUGAUGUUGCUGUGAGAGAAAAGACUAGUCCUAAGAGUACUUCCCCAAAGGCACAACGUGGUUCUAAACUCGGAACAGAAAUGAUGCGCACGAAUAGUCGUGGCAGCGUUGUUUCGGGGACGGAAAUGCCCAGCUCUGAAUUGAUUGAACCACCUCCUACCGUCACGGAAGAAGCAAUUCUUUUAUCACCAACAUCGGAAAUACCUCUAGCUUCGGGGAUCUCGGGCGCCACUUUAACACCGCCAGGGAUGUUCGAAGGUCCCGGCGAUAAGGAUGUUGAUUUAUUCGAAACACCAAAACAAACACAGUCACAAAUUUCAUUCCUAGAUGAAGAACAUACUCCUCGACCUACUUCAAAAUCAUCUUUCGCAGGUGCAAAUGAUGAUUAUCUUAAUGCCGUCAAAGUUUUCAAGAAAUGACCAAUAAACCCUGUGUUGAUCUACGAUCACGAAGGCAGAAGUCAACCCUCAGAACAUACUUCUUUUCAAUGUCAUAUUAUUUGCCUCUAACAGGCACAUUACACUUUACAAUAAAAAAAUUUCUCUGUUUGCUUUGUUUAUUUUAUUUGAGGCUCACGGGCUUCGUUCUUUUCCCUCAUUGGGUUGUCGCAAUGUCUACAAUAAUCGAAUCAUGACUCGAGCGUGGCGUUUUGGGGUGAGUGGGGGAAAUAUGCAUAUCAUAAGGCGUUUGUACUUGAUAGCUUUUGAUAUGGAUGGGGAUGGGCAUGGACAGUGAUGAUGAUACGGAUAGUGAAUUGGUUGAUGUUUCUUUUGUUACGGAAUGAAGUUGAUGAUUGGGAUGAUGAAAAGGGGACUGGGGAUAGGAAUGGAGAGGGCUUAAAAUGAAGUCUAUGCAUACCGACAAGACGAGGGGGAUGGGGUAGAUUGCUGCUACUGUUACAUACACACAGGCGGGCUUAUCAAAGGAGGAGAAGAGUUUAAUGGGGAGAGAGGAGGCGAAGAAUUAGGUUUAAUUUGGUUUGGAUGGGAGUAUUUCUCUUACUAGCUAGAUAGACCAAUGCCUGUCUGUCUUUUGGUAUGGGUGCUUGGGAGAAGAGGGGAUUAAAGAAAGUUGGUUGUGUCAGCUUAAAUAUGUUGAAUUUUGGAAGGAAGGGAUGGGAAAAGUGAGAGGAGGAAGUAGAUAGGCAGAGGGGAGGGGAGGGGUAUGCAUGAAAUGGACUGGAUGAAGUGGGGACUUCAGGGAUUUUAGUUUAAUAGCCACAUAUGAGAUCAAGGAAUACAUAUAAGCAUUGGC